AUGACAAAAAAUGUAUUAAUUGGCAGUGGAAUUGUAGCAGGAUUAGUGAUUGUUGCAGCUGUUGUGAUACCAAUAGCAAUCAUCUUCAGCACAAACUCAGUGGCAAUGACAACAACCACAACGACCACUGCACCGGUGGUUCUUGCUUACUGGAAUAUGGAGGGUAAUGGACGCGACUUAUACGGCAAUUAUAAUGCAUCAGCGAACGGUGCCGGAUAUACUUUCGCAUCAUCAGGAUUCUAUGGUGGUUCAUAUUUUUCCACAAACAGUUUAAACAGUUAUUUGCAAGUGCCUGCCUCAUCCUAUUUUGAUUUAAAUUCUCGAAGUUUUACAUUUGAAGCAUGGAUUUAUUCUUACUCCCUAACGAAUGAUCAACCAUUAUUUAGUCAAUGCACAUGCACUAGUUGCACAAACCAAUGUUUAUUUUUGGUAAUUCGAAGUAGUAAAUUAUAUAUGGGUUUUAAUUUUAAUGAUUUACCCGGUUCAACAACAUUGUCUACGUCGAUAUGGUACCAUGUCGCUUUCGUUUACAAUUAUCAAACGUCUCAACAAAUUAUUUACCUUGAUGGUGUCCAGGAUGCAAUUCGUUCGAAUGUAUCCCCCUAUCUCGGAACAAAUGGAUCAAUAUAUUUCAGUUAUUCACUACUCUUACCAUCGAAUUAUUACUACGGUUUGAUCGAUAACGUACAACUGACUACACGUGCAAAAAGCACAUCGGAAAUAUUAAAUGAUGCUACUCAAGUAUUUUAUUUUUCAUUCGAUCAACCAAGUCCCUACUAUGACAACGGUCCAAAUGGUUUAAAUGCAACAACUACUAGCGGUUUAGUACCUACAUCUGGGCAUGUUGGACAAGCCCUUCGCUGGACAAGCAGUAGCAGUUACAUGCAAAUAUACUGUUUUCCCGGAGUUGGUUGGCCUUCCAGUAAGUCGUUUACGUUUGCUAUAUGGAUAUAUCCUUCAUCUAUAACUGGCGGUGUUCUCGUGUAUAGUAUUCAGGGAUAUUCGAUGCUUGGCUUAACGUACAUUGGACAGAUAGUUGGCCAACUUCAACAAGCAAGUCCUGUGAAUGUUUGGGAAAGUAUAUUUGGUCCUUUUCUCCAAAUUAAUACUUGGACUCAUGUGGCAUGCACAUUUAGCGUAACAAAUGGUUUUAUUUUAUAUGUUAAUGGUGCAGCACAAGGUAAAAUAACGGGUUAUGUCACGUACUAUUUUAAUUACAAUCUCCAAAUUAUCCAGCUAGGAACUAGUAGUAGUGGUGGUAACAUACCAUCCUAUGGCUAUCAGGGAUCAAUGGAUGAAUUGUAUGCUUAUAGACGGGAACUAAGUUCCUCAGAAAUAUUAGCAUUAGCUAGUGUAUAA